AUGUUGGCGCCUCACUUGCCCUCUUACCUCUCCUUCCCAGUUCUUGCACAACUCCCGAGCCUCAAGUGCACUCUCAACUGUGACACCGACUGCCUAUUGUACGAAUACCCCGUGACGUAUAGCCGCAUUGUCCUCGCGAAACUAAACAACAGUAAACUGGGGGGAAGGCAUAACGAAGAGACCGUAGAAGAGAAAUGUCGUCCCCUCUUUGAGCCAUUUCAGGAAAGCCAAGUCGAGAAUACGUCAAAACGUCGUCGUCAAGAGCCGGACCUCGAGCAAGUUGACGCCUGGCUGCCUCAAUUCAUUGAAACAUACUCUCGGAAGAAGGCUCGUGAAGACUACGAAUUCAAGUACGGCGAAACACAGGAUGAUUCCGACGAAGAGGGCGCGGGGUUGGCAGCUGGAGUGGUACCUGCAGACUUCAACAUGCAUACGUUGGAGACCCAAGCGACCGCCGGCUCUGUACCCGAGCAGCCGCCCACCCUUAACCUCAACCGCGAGGACGAGGCAAAGGUGCCGCGCGCGUCGAAGCCUGAUUUCAAAGCUCGCGUCCUGCUCGCGCUAGCCGAGGUUUGCGUAGCAGAUGGGCGCGACAUUCCCGUCAAUCUCGUGCGUGCUGCCUUGGGGUGCGCUUGA